AACGAACCUUAACGAUCCCGAAUUACACAUAGAUAUAGAUAAAUAUCUUCAAUAUUCCCAUAUUCCUUUAAUAGGUAUAUUCAAUUUUUAUUUUUAUUUUUAUCUUUAUCUUUAUCUUUAUCUACCUUUUUAGGGGAUUACUUCACUUCUUUUUCUAAUCACUUAACAUCCAUAUUAAUAUCUCACUAACCCCCUACUUCCCAAACAGGCUUCCCGAUUCACCUCCGCUUUAGCCAUGACUUCACAUCCUUCGCCCCCUCGACGUCGCAUCGUCGGUGUCUCCACCAAGAUGUACUUCUCCGCAGCGCGGACCAGACAAUACGUCCACGAGCUGCUGCAAAUCAUUUCUUCAUCGCCGACACCACCUGGUCUCCUAGACCAACUUGACGUCUUCGUCAUCCCGGACCACGUCACACUGAUGUCGGUCGUGUCGCAGCUAGAAGGUACCAAUAUCCUCACUGGCGCCCAGGAUGCCUUUUACGAGGACACAGGUGCCUACACGGGUGAGGUCUCGCCGGCUGUCCUCGCCGAGGUUGGUUGCCGUAUUGUCGAGCUUGGCCAUGCCGAACGCAGGCGCAUCUUCGGGGAGACCGAUCUCGAUGCAGCGCGGAAGGCUGCCGCGGCUGCUCGGUACGGUAUGAUCCCGCUAGUCUGCAUCGGCGAGCGAGCGAGGGAAGGUGAGGGAACGGCGGCAGCCACUACAGCAGCCAUCGACGAGUGUAAGCUUCAAGUCGAAGCCGUUCUAGAAAGCCUACCCGACGACGCCGAGAUUGUCCUAGCUUACGAGCCCGUCUGGGCCAUAGGCGCUGCCGAGCCCGCUGGCGCCCAGCACGUAGUCGCAGUCACCCGCGAGAUCAGGGCGCUUGAGUGUGUGCGGCGGCGGCGGGGAACUACGAGAAUCAUGUACGGCGGCAGCGCUGGCCCCGGACUAUUCGAGAAGCUCAAAGACGGCGUCGACGGAUUAUUCCUGGGGAGAUUUGCACAUGACCCGGCCCAGUUCUACAGAACGAUCUUGGAAAUUGCUGCUACUUGAUAGGAAUAGGACAAGACUACACCAAUAAUUUUGCUCCAUAAGAGGCUGUCAUGAGAGUUGAGCCUAUUGACAGGUAG